AUGAAGUAUGAAGCUGGCUCUCCCCAAGAUGGACGUGGGAGAGAUCUCGAAGAAUCCAUGCCCACUAAGCGUUCGCAAAGCCCAACCUACUGGAAGUUGAGGCGCUAUUUCCAGCCAAAGAAAUGCGGCGCCCUCAAAUGCUCGAAGGAGGCCCUUGAAAUGUACAAGACGGAUGAGGGGAAAGAGAAGCUCCGAAGCCUGCUCAAAGAGCACGGGGACUUCAAGACGCUAGAAAUGGAAGUCAAAAAAUGGAACAGGAAGACCCUCUCCAAGCUGAAGCAAGGGGGCUGGUACACGAAGCACUAUUUGAUCAGUGAGUGCCAUUGGACGAAGGCUAUGGUGGCUGCGGCUUGGGAGUGGGCCAGGAACCAUGGGAGGUUGCGGGUGAACAAGAUUCACCAGGAGGAGGAAGCGUGGCUGGUAUUGAGUGAGUCCUUCCAGUUGGCCGACGAAACCGGCCAAGAAAUCGAUCUGCGUGGAACCUUGGAAGCGGAGGACGACAGUGGUUUCUUGCUGGGCAAUGACCUCCCGGGUAUUGAUGGAUCAGCUACUGACCUGGCCCUGGCCACAUCAGGCACUACCAAUGUAGGAGAGGGUGCUGCUGUUACUUGCGGCGCGGCUUCCUUCACGAUCAUCUUCCCUAGCUUGGCGCAGAAUGCUGCACCAACCUCGAUCUUGGCUGGCUUUAUCGAAGUCUUGGGUCGGAAGAUUGACAGCUGUGAAGAUGUGAUUGAACGCCUUGAUGAUCAAUCAGGGGCCCGAGCAAAGGAGCUGAAGGACCAGAUCGUGCUGAACCUGAAAGUCAUGAAAGGCUACUACAAGGAUCUCACGAAGAAGCAGUCUGACUCCCUCUGUACGGUCGUGGACAAGAGCUACGCGGAAAUCACCAAGCAAGAUGUUGUGAUCAACAAUUACAUUGUUCGGUCCAAGUCAGUGAAGAAGGGUCCCUCCUCAAAGGCAGCUGGGGCCCCGAAAGGUAGUAAGGGUAGGUCUUCCAAGGAGAAAGCCAAGCGUUCCAAAAAAGCCAAAGGCUGCAAAAGACUAGACUAG